CAUGAAUAAGAUCUAGUUUUCAAAGUAUAAAUGGAGCGAUAAUUCGAGCAAUUCUUUGCAAGUCAGUCAGGUAAGUGCAGUGCAGUUCCUUCUCACACAUUUAUUCCAGCUUUGUUUUGUAACCUUCAAUGGCAUCGCUUUUCCUUCCUUCGACCCCUAAACCUGCGGCUACCCCUGCUCCUGCCUCUGAGCAAUCACAGACGCCUGGGAAAUGGCGCCAUCCGCAGUUGGAUGAGAUCGUGCGGCGACAGCAGGCGAGUACUUUUGGGGAUCAGAAUGUGAGGAGGCUUGUAUGGAAUGGCUCUGCUUUGUUGGCAACUUGGACUUUUGGGAAUACUUUCAAAUCCUACGCCCAUUGGAUCCAGAAGACAACCGAGAUUCCCACAUAUUCCGACAUGUCGCUACUUAUGAUUCAGUUGCUUUUCGUGUUCAACAUAUUGGUUGCAUUGUAUCCUCUCAUCCGACCGAAAGACGAGAUGCCGGACAUCCCCCUCACUCCUACACAGCGAGCUCUUCUCGGGCUCAAUCCCUCAGCGACCUCCUCCCCGGCUCCCGCGACGUCCUAUGUGACCCCUCCCAAAUACCGAGUAUCUGGGUCAAGGGCAGGUAGUCCGGCUAGCCACUCUGGGUCGCCGUUAUCCACCAGUGCGAGCGCCUCGAGUCUUCGGUUUUCAUCUAGCACCCCCUUCUCCCCGUCGCCCAGCCCAUUACUUCAUAAAAUGGUUUCAAAUAAUGGCAGGGAAAACGUACGCAGGCCAAGUUUCGGAUCAUCUUCGCCCCUGCGGACGUCACCUUUCAAAGAGUCGAUUGCCUUGCCAGCCACGCCUUCGCCAGCUGGGGGAAAGCGGGGGAGCUUAGGGGUCAGCAAUAAGUGGUUGUAUGAGCGGAGCAGACGGCCGUCAAUCAGCAGUGGCAGCUAUUAA